GCCCACGCUUAUUGAAUUCACUCAACGAUACGCACCCGUACGUGGAAGUUGCGUAAUGCACCGUGCCGAGUUGCCGAGAUAUCUCCGAUGUCGCCGAAUAUGUAUUGAUGGAGAUUUGUAAGACGGUCCUGCGUUACGAUUGGUCUAGAGGAUCUUUUGACGAACCACUCAUUUGGUGAAGAAUGCGGAUGUUGUAUUAUUGCCGUCCUAACCCCGCCGUCGCGCUAUCGGAACGCAGCAUCUGGCCUAGUCAGGCAUGGCCAAAAAGCUGGGUCGGUCGAUGACUUCAGAAAAUUUGCAUAGAAUAUUCGACAGGGUCAUCUAUUUCAGUUCUUCUUUUUACAGAUGUUUUAAUUUAUUUAGAUCUUUUUGACCCUAGAAGAUGAAACAAGACAAAUAAGAAUAUCCUCAAUGUUGUCAUUGCCUGCCGGCUAUUUAUCUCAUCAGCUAGACUCAUACAGGCUUUCGCGGAAAGAUUAAUUCACGCAUUCUAGACUCCUAAGUAGACAAGCAGAGGGAAACGAAGAGGAUACAAUGGCGGUAGUGUCCGAGAAAGACGUAGAAAAAGGUGAAGCUGGAGUCGUUGAUCAGUCCUGUGCUACUCCAAGCUUUGAACCCAUUCAGACUCGCGACCAUCCUUUGUUAUCAAAGGCUCAGACCCGGCAAUCUGCUCGGUCCCAAAGAUCGCAUGGAGGUGAAGACGGCUACAGCUGUCGCAGAGACAGCGAAGAGAUCCAGAUUGCAGACGUGAGCGGGGACGACAAACAAUUCGAGGUGAAGUGGGAUGGUGACAACGACCCCAUGAAUCCUAGGUCACGAAGUAAAUUCCGAAAAUGGAUUGUGGUUCUCAUCAUGGCCGGAUCGGCGCUUUGUGUAACGUGCGCGUCGGCUUUGUACACGCUCACGUACGGGCAGCUAACCAAGGAAUUCCAUGUGUCACGACUGGUUGCAACUCUUGGUCUAUCGUUAUUCGUCGCCGGUCUGGGUACAGGCCCGAUGUUUUUAGGUCCGCUUAGUGAGUUUUACGGACGCAGGCCCAUUUUCAUAUGGUCAUACCUCCUUUACGUCAUCUGGCUGAUCCCCAGCGCUGUGGCGAAGAACAUUGAGACCAUGCUCAUCGCUCGAUUCUUCGACGGUUUGGCCGGUAGUGCAUUCCUGUCAGUUGCGGGCGGAACUGUCGGUGAUCUGUUCGCAAAAAACGAAUUGAGUCUGCCUAUGAUGGUCUACACAGCAUCUCCUUUCAUCGGACCAGAAGUUGGCCCAUUACUAGGUGGCUUCAUUAAUCAGUAUGCCAACUGGCGUUGGUCCUUCUACGUGCUGAUCAUCUGGGCUGGCAUACAGUGGCUACUAAUUCUGACCUUGGUGCCUGAGACUUACCAUCCCGUGCUGCUUCGGCGCAAGGCAAUCAAACUCCGCGCUUCCACAGGUGAGCCACGGUAUCGCGCACCAAUCGAGAUGCUUGACCGCAGCAUUGCCAUGACCGUGGCGACAAGCUGCUACCGUCCCUUCCAGCUGUUGUUCUUGGAACCAAUGUGCUUUCUGAUUUGCCUUCUAAGUGCGCUUCUGUUGGGAAUCCUGUACUUGUUCUUCGGAGCGUUUCCACUCGUAUUCCAGCACAACCACGGCUUUCAACUCUGGCAGCUGGGGCUGUGCUUUUUGGGACUAUUCAUAGGAAUGAUGACUGGGAUCGCGACGGAUGUGUUUUGGAAGAGAAAUUAUGCCAGGCUAGUGCGCAACUACUCCCAAGAGACGGGAGUCGAGAACAACUCGGAGCCGGAGUUCAGACUGCCAUCCACAAUUGUGGGCGCAUGGGUUGUCCCGGCUGCUUUGUUUGGCUUCGCGUGGACUACUUAUCCCUCUGUGCACUGGAUAGUACCGAUAGUUUUCUCAGGUAUAUUUGGAAUGGGGGUCAUAUUUGUGUACAGCGGUGCCUUUACAUUCCUGGUGGACUGCUACCCUGUGUACGCCGCGUCGGCAUUGGCCGCAAACUCUUUCGCACGAAGCUAUUUCGCGGCUGCAUUCCCCCUCUUCGGUGUGCAGAUGUACAAUAAACUUGGCUACCAGUGGGCCACUAGUCUUUUGGCAUUCUUAGCGUUAGCGCUUGCACCAUUCCCAUACUUGUUCUUCAAGUAUGGGAAAAGACUCAGACGUCACAGUCGGUUUGCGAUCACUGCGCUCUGAAUGUGCUUCUGGUGUUGUAUCAUAUUGCGCCUUGCUGCAUCAGAUUCAAGUCAGUGGGAGCGGUUUUGCAUUGUGUUCAUUUUGAGUCUUUUUUUUCUGCACUCAAGCAGAAUUGGCUGUUACCAAGCAUUGACGAAAUGUUGGAAUGUACUCGGAAUAUUGUACUUGCGCUGUACAUGAGAUAGAAAGUGAAGUCACGUGUGGUGCAUCUUGAUUGAUAUCUAAGAGCUGCCGAGCCGGGAACCGAGUCGCGGAAGGAAUGUUCAUUCACAUGAGAGCCAUCAGGGGAAGGACCGCUUCUUACCUCGUGCGCAAUAAGGACAUACCACAUGGAGACUCUCAUCCAAUUCCAAGGAUGUCAUUUAGCAAACAAUUACACAAACCCAAAUAUAGAUACCGCAAGUGCGGCCCAAGUUGGGUGAAACCAUAUUUGGCGCCCAGGUUACACCGCCUCGCUUUCAUAGAAACCACUUUACGCAGUGCAAGAGUUACCUCGAUGCCGGGUCA